UGUGAAACGGAAGGAAUUGGUCAGUCGCUGCCAGAAAUAAGUCACACAGCUUGAGCACACUGCCUGAGGCUAGGCUUUACGACACGCGCGUACGGCGACCGUCUGUGAGCUUGUCUGACAACCGUUAGAUUCUCAGGCUCAGACCGAAUUUGCCCGAGACACGAUCAUUUCAUCCACCAAACUAUGUCCUUCAUUCGAGCCGCCCGUUCUGUGGCAACGAGCAGCUUUAGACGUUAUUCGACAGAAGCUGGUGCCAAGAAAUCAUCCAACCUCGGAUUUUACCUCGGUGGCGCUGGUCUUGUAGGUCUUGGUACGUAUGUGUACAUGGGCUUUGGCAGAGGGGAGGCAGUAACUGUCAAGAAGGACCUGAAAAGUCCUCUUGACCCGUCAAAAUUCAUUGACCUCAAACUGAAGAGGGUGGAACCUUGCAAUCACAACACCUCUAAGUUUGUGCUUGAGCUCGAAAAGGGCGAGGCUUCGCUUCUUCCAAUUGCAUCCUGUGUUUACAUUGAAACUCCUGACUUUAAGGAUGACAAGGGUCAACCUAUGUAUCGCCCGUAUACCCCCAUUUCUGCGUCUGAUUUGGAGGGAGAGCUCACUUUUAUCAUCAAAAAAUAUGAGACGGGCAAGGUCUCCAAACACAUUCACUCUCUCAAUGCUGGGGACGCUCUCAGAAUUAAAGGUCCUUUGGCAAAAUUCCCUUGGAAAAUGAAUGAGCUGGAAGAAGUUGGGCUUAUUGGUGGUGGAAGUGGAAUUGCUCCGCUCUACCAGGUCCUACAACAUGCUCUUGCGGACAAGACGAACAAGACGAAGUUCAAGCUUUUGUACGCCAAUGUGACUGAGCAAGAUAUUAUACUUCGCGAGGAGUUCGACGCCAUGAAGAAAAAAUACCCCGAAACUUUUGAUGUCGUAUAUGUCCUCGACAGGGCCGAUGCUAACUGGAAGGGUCCCACUGGAUAUAUUGGCGCUGACCUCAUUAAGCAGCACAUUGCUCCGCCAUCACUGGGCGGGAAAGUGAAGGUCUUCAUCUGCGGUCCGCCUGGCCAGGUUACCUCGAUUGCAGGUGCAAAGAAAGGCAGGGAUCAGGGUGAACUAAACGGUAUCCUUAAGGAACUGGGUUACACCAAAGACCAGGUGUUCAAAUUCUAAGUAGUAGCGGAUAUCAAAUAGAUGCUGUAUAGAACUACUGCGACGGAUCAAAUUCAAAACCUGUUUUUGCGAUCA